ACUACUUCUUGCACAGGAAGGGAAGCCAUUUCUAUUUCGCGCGUUAUAACUAUACAGAAAAUGGUUUUCAACUAAUAGCCGGACCUUUUUCUCUAGGAUACCAUAAUCACUAUCGAUGGAUUUCCAUUAAUGAUUCAUUUUAUGAAAUCGCAAUGUUUUCAGGAUCCAAUAUAACGAAUUCUCAAGCGGGUAUAUUUUCUUUUGUUAGACCUAUUGCCGGUGGAUAUAGUUAUUGGGCAAGUUUCUUUCAUUAUAAUAUUGAAUCCACAGUUCGCUCGUUUAAAAUUCUUGAGGUAUUCAAGUUUCGGGAAAAGAUCUACUCGUUUGGCCUUCUAACAAUUGACCUCUAAAGGCCAGUCUACUUCAUCUCUCAACUAUCAAUCUUUCCCUACAAUACGAGACGCAACGGCUAUUUCUACGUCGAACUUGAUUCGAUUUCAUUAUAUGAACGUUAUGGUUCGAUUGAAAAAGUUCGAUUUGUUGAUUCUUUUUCUAACAUGAGCGAUGGAUCCUCAAUCUCUUUUCUUGCAGUAUCUUAUUCUCACAACCAAAGAGAUCAUAUUGCAGUGUUUCCAUUUUAUUCGAUAAUCAAUGACUUUAGAAGGUCAACUAACAGUUGUGCAAAUACGACAACUUUUUGGAAGACUGAUCUGUUCAACGAAUCUGGUCCAGAGUGCAACGUAUGUUUCCAAUCAAGCAGUUUAUGGAGAAUAUUUGUAAUAUUUUCAACCAAAAAGUCAGUUUUCAUUUCUACAAUUUGAGCAAAAAAAAUCAAAUCUACGGCGUUUCCACUAUUUAUUAGCAACCCUUUCAUAUUCACGUAGCCAACAAUACUGAUGAACCGACAUUUAAUUUGGACUUUGUUCUAUUUCUAGUCAAUCAACACUUCUGGUAGCUAUGAAGGUCUAUAAUUGUCGAUACCAAUUGAAUCGUGAGCAAAUUGUACGCGAAAAUUAUACAAAUCACCAAAAGUGAAGACUGAUUUACACUUAACUAAAUGCAAUCAAGAAAUUAUGAGCAUUAGGUUAAGAGAAUGAAAAUAAGUCUCGAUUAUUAUCCAGUGAAUAUAAUCCUAAUUGUGUUUCCAUAAUUAGAACAAGAUAAAUAUCCAAUUGUUUGUAUUUUCAUCUCUUGGACAAAAUGUUUUAUUUAUUUUCAUUGACAAGUUUUUCUUUAAUUUGUAUAUUUUUCUCAUCGAUAAUUAUUGUUGAUUGUCAUCUUCUAAUCCACGAAUCGAAUGUUUGGAUUCCAAUUUUCAACAACAAUUUAUCAACUGCUUAUUUCUUUUUCACUGAUGACAAAUUUUACACAACUAAUUAUUCGAGUCAAGCUCUCAACACGGACCCUAACGCAGUUGGUGAACAAAGUAGCGUGACUCGUUUUGCUCCAGCUUAUUCUCGUAGACCCAAUUACGACAACUACUACUUCUUGCACAGGAAGGGAGCCCAUGUCUAUUUCGCGCGUUAUAACUAUACAGAAAAUGGUUUUCAACUAAUAGCCGGACCUUUUCCUCGAGGAAACCUUAAUGUUCAUCGAUGGCUUUCAAUUAAUGAUUCAUUUUAUGAAAUUGCGAUGUUUUCAGGAUCCAAUAUAACAAAUUCUCGCGUAACGAGUAUAUUUUUUCUUAUGAGAUCUUAUGACAAUGGAAAUAGUCCUCGGGGUACGCAGCAAAAUGGCUAUGUUGAAUCCAGAGUUCGCUCGUUUAAAAUUCUUGAGGUAUUCAAGUUUCGUGAAAAGAUUUACUCGUUCGGGCUCCUGACAAUUGACCGUCUAAGGCCAGUUUACUUCAUCUCUCAGCUUUCAGUCUUUUCGAUCAAUAGGGUGAAUGUCGGGUUAGAAAGAUAUUUCUACAGCGAACUUCAUUCGAUUUCAUUAUAUGAACGUUAUGGUUCGAUUGAAAAAGUUCGAUUUGUUGAUUCUUUUUCUAUCAUGAGUGACGGAUCUUCAUUCUCUUUGAUUGCAUUCUCUUAUAAUCGAAAUGAAAGAGAUCAUAUUGCAGUGAUUCCAUUUAAUUCGAUGCUAAAUGACUUCGAAAGACCAACUAAUGGUUGUCGAACUGCGAGAACUUUUUGGAAGGCUGAUCUGUUCAGCGAAUCUGGUCCAUAUUGUAACUCUUUUACCAGUUUCAUAUGGGCGAGACGUAGAGAUUUCAGAGGUUAUCAUCUUAACGAUAUUCUAACAGGUAAUUGGACUCGAAUCAUCGAUUUCAUUCCAUUGGCUCUCGAUGUGACUCCAGGUUAUGUUUUCCUCGUUCUUUCCUCUGACAGUAAUUUUACCAGAUAUCGAUAUUCAAUGCACUUUGUCAAUGCAACUUAUUAUGUCUUUCCCCACCUGAACGAGACUACUUUCACUCAUCCUAAUAUCGUUAAUGCAAAUCAAACAAUUUCACAAAUUUAUUACUAUGGUUUUACUCAUCCACGCGUGAUAAUUUCGCUUAAUCAGUAUUCUUACUUUGAUUCAAUUGUUUUGUGUCCAUUUCUGAACAAUUCAUGUAUUGAUUGUUUUACAACGAAAGUUUAUAAUCCGAAUGGUAAUUUUCUUCGAUAUUGUCAAUGGAGACGAGGAAGUUCAUUAACAUCGGGCGAAUGUUCAAUCGGUGAUACAAAUUCUGCUAAUUCAAGGUAAGAAUUUAAAUAGUUUAUUUAUAUAUAUUUCUUAUUUAUUCAAUUUAAUUAUAAUCUAUCAUCUUUUUCACAGAGAAAUUACACUCACGAAUCAAACAGUAAAUCCAUGUUUCAGUCCAACUAAUAUCCAAAUAGACUACACUCCUGAUAAAUCGACAUUUGAUUUGAACUUCGAUCUCCUUGGUUUCCAUUCAAGAUAUGAAGAUAUUUUUCCCUUGAACUUCACGUUAGUCGACAUUACAACACUUUCAUUCAUAGAAAAUUGUACUGUUGUGAGUUAUAAUCAGUCCAAGAUUUAUCUCAACUGCAAUUGGGUGAAUUCUGGUCAAUAUCAAUUAUCGAUUCUUAUGCUCAGACGACGAGGUCCAUUUGAAACAGAAGACAUUGAUAACUUGAUCACUUUUAGUGAUCCUUUCACCAUCAGUUCACCGAGACCUCCAUCUUCUCAUGGAUCUUCAUUUUUUUAUAUUCUGUUUAUUAUACUACGAGUUUGCAUCUUUUUUAUCUCUGUGAUUGUGAUCGUUGUAUUUCAUUAUGCAUUAGUUUUUUCGUUGUAUUUUCAAAACAAAAACCAUCGCAAAAGACAGAAAAUUGUGUCACUUGCAACGAAAUCAAAAAGCUAAAAGAUUUGUUGUUAAUCAUAAAUUCAAAAAUCCGAAACAAAAAAUCAAUUUAAAAAGCAGAAUUGUCGUCUCAAGUUAAAAAUCGAAAUCGACGAUCCAUUAUUUCAAUAGAGCCUCUUUGGACAUUAUCACUCGCUAUGAGGUCGUUAGUUUAUUAUAUUAAUAUAUAAAAAAAGUAAUUUUCACUCAUCGAGAAGAAUAUAAGUUUAACGAGAAAAAUUCUUUGAUUAUGACUUUUUACUCAUCCACGAGCCAUAAUUACAAUCGAAUUUCAUUUUUACUAUGAAUCAAUCAUUUUGUGUCCAUUUCUGAACAAUUCAUGUAUUGAUUGUUUUACAACCAAAGUUUAUAAUUCAAAUGGUAAUUUUCUUCGAUAUUGUCAAUGGAGACGAGGAAGUUCAUUAUCAUCGGGUGAAUGUUCAAUCGGUGAUACAAAUUCUUCUACUUCAAGAGAUUCUAGAUCCACACGUCACAUAUUAAAUCCAUGUUUCAGCCCAACAAGCAUUCACGUGAACUACAGUCUGGAUGCAUUGACCUUCAAUUUGAACUUUGAUCUUCUCGGUUUCCAUUCAAGAUGUUGAAGCAAAUGCUUAUCGAUGUUGAUUAAUUAAUUAAUUAUUAUUAAUCAAUUAUUAUUAUUUAAAUACAAGUCGAGUUAAUCAAAAGUAAACAAAAUUUUAAGCUGAGUUACAGAGAAAGAGAAAUGAUUAAUAUCGUCUUUCUUUUCUGAUUAUUAAUUGUCCAUUUAACUAAUUUACUAAUUGUUAACUUGAUUGUACAAUCGAGGAUAU